AUGCGGGCGUGUGUCUUUAGGCUGCAGACCCAUCAGUGGUGUUUCCUGUUGUGCAAUGUGGUGCUGUUCCACGCUCUGCUGUUUGGGGGCGAUGUUGUUGAGGAGUUCUUGCUGCAGUCGUCCCCCGCUGCCUACACUGACCGCUCUGUCUUGGAGCUGCGGGAGCGCGCUCGCAAACUAGACCUGAGUGGGACCAGGCCCAACGCCUCACAGCUCUACCCUAUCAGCUCCGCCCCCUGCCUUCAUCACCAGGACCUCCUCUUCCUCACUGUGGUCCUCAGCACCCCCGGAAACGCCAGUCAGAGGGAGGCAGUCCGGAACUCGUGGGCCAAUCAGACCUCGGUCCAGGGCGUGGCGGUCCGGACUCUGUUCUUUCUAGGCCCAUCCCCUUUGGAGGCGGAGCGCGAGGCGGUCAGGGAGGAGUCUGAUCGCCACGGCGACAUGGUACAAUGCGAGGGGCCGUCGUCAAGGAGUAGAUCAGACAGAGGUCAAUGGGAGAGGGUCAAACUGGCCAUGCGUUGGGUGCUGCUCUUCUGCCCUCAGGCCCGAUUCAUCGUCCUGGCAGAGGAUUCUGUGUUUUUAAACGUCCCCGCACUCGGGUCUUACUUGAUCGGGCUCCGCACCCAUCCGGAUGACCUCUACCUGGGCAGGGUCAUCCACCGGGCCGCACCUGAGAGAGACUCAACCAAACCCCACUACCUGCCCUUCCACCUGUUCCCUGACAGGCUCCUCCCAGAUUACUGCUCAGGUCCCGCCCUCCUGAUGUCGCAGGACGUGAUCAGAAAAGUUUACGUUGCGUCCGAUGACAUCACUCUGCCCCUCCCACCGGACAUUUUGAUUGGCCUGUGUGCAAGACGAGCAGGCAUGGUGGCCACUCACAGCGCUCGGUUUUCCGGAGAACACCACAUCCGCUACAACCCCUGCUGCUACAACUUCCUGUUCAGCUCCGCUGGGAUGGGGGUGGAGCAGCUGGGCGUGGCCUGGAGAGAUCUAGGGGAGGGGAAGGGGCGGAGCUGCAGCAUGCUAGAAACUUAUUACAGUUUGGUGGCCUGCAAAGCCAUGACUUACCUGGAUAAACUCAACUUCCUCAGUAGCAACAGCACACAAGGCUGA